AUGUCAACAUCCUUUUCCUCCAAAAAAGGAAGCAUCACGUCAGAGUCUCUUGCAGAGAGGGAAACAACUAUCUCUCUGGUACCACCCAAAGUGUUGGAGGAGCUGCGAGUACUGAAACUUCUACGACAGGAGUUGCGCAACACUCACGAAAACCCUGAUGCCUCAUCGGAAGCAGCUGUGUCAUAUACUGAUCCUUUGGAUCGCACACUGGACGCCAAGUCACUCAAUGUGCUGAAGUUACCCACCUUCCCAUUUAUUGUCUGUGAGAGUGCCCCAUCUAUGUACCAAACUCCUAUACCAUAUGACGUAGAGAAGGCAGUGGCAGUGCUACAGGACGAGGUGUACGCCCUGGAAAGUAAGUUUCGGGACAUUGAAGAUGAGCAAGGAUUCAUUGCUCCGUUUUGUGAAGAGUCCUCCCUAACUUCAAGAGAGGAUGGGGCAGAUUCUUUAGCCAUUUCGGAGGAUCGCUGGAGAAAGGAUGAAAAAUUGAGGUUGUUCAUGGAGGUUGCUGGGAGUGAUACGUGUUUCGCUGAUGUUUCGUGGGACAUAUCGGUGAUGCGGUGGUACACUCGCUGGAUAACCUCACACUCUCUGAGUUGUCUGCGAGAAGUGCGUGAUCAAUUAGAGUAUGUACUGUCAGAGUUUGGUGUGCCAGGCGAAAGAGAAAUACGGAAGGCUGUGGCACGCAUGACCUUUGCAGAGGCGGUUUACACAUUGGAGCAAGAUCGUGAUGAUGUGAUCGAGUUCGAGAGGCGCCGCAUGGCUUCCGCGGCCCGAACAUACCGGAAACGGCUUACAAUUUCUGCUGUCACAGCGUGCUCAAAUUCAUUUCUAACUUUGGAGGAGAGGUAUUUGUAUCAGGAGUUCUACGAUCAAUCCGAACACGCACUACAGUUGUUACAUCACGCCAUGCACAUGUGCAGCACUUUACAGUCUUGUGGAUCCACAGAGCAGCAAGCCGGGGAUAUCGACUCGGCGCGCAACGUCUCACCUUCAAAGGCGGUUUCUUGUGCACCAAGCUGUUCUGAUACACGGGACGUGUGGUGUCUCACCGAAGCCGCGAUGAAAACUUUGAAGCAGGAGCAGAACCUCAUCACAAGGCUUCUGGGAAGUAUACAUAGUCGCCAGGAGGGAAGUUGUCUUAAGGUUGAAUUGGAGAAGAAGCGGAGAAGGAGUCGCAUAGCGGCGUUGGUUGUAUACAAGUGUGUGGUCGAUGAUAUGGAGAUGUUGAGUAGGCAUGUAAAAGUGGCGACAGACCUCCUCCGUGAUUACGACGGUUGGGUAAAUUACCGCAGUGGUAUCAGCAGUCAUGAUAUAAUACUUCAGAUGAACGUUAACCAGAGAGGUAAUGGGGAAACCAUUUCAAGGCAGUCUGGUUGUAGCUCUCCUCCAGUGAUGAAUCCUGACAUCAUUGGCUGCCGCCUGGAAUUCUCUCACUCUGGUCAAUUUCAACCGGGUCGGCUGCCCCGGCAUGUGGAGGAGGUCUGCCGCUCCUUCAUAAAACUUAUAAAGUUAGUUUGUGACGGUACAGAUCAGGAAGGUGGUUACUCAAUUGACUCAACCACGUAUCGACGAUGGUCUUACCUAGCGUUGCGAUAUACGUGCAUACAGAUUGUACGGGGUCGCUGGCCAAGUACUGUCAUACUUGAAAGCCAUAUCGAUAUUGCCAGAGUUCUUCCUCUGUUCCUCCUGGAACAUGGUUCUGAUGACGCCGAUGUGCAUAUGCAUGUGAAGGAGUUGAGCUCCGUUCUUCAAUGCUUUCUGAGUCUCGUGAAAGAUGGAAAAGCAAUGGGAUUGGGAAAGCGGGAGUCCACGUCUCCAGAAAAUGGUAGUGUCAGAGAUGGCUAUCCCACUACCUCCACGAUGCGGUUCGUGGACAUUCCAGUACCAAUCGGCACGGUUAGUGAAAUCAACGCGGCUGAUGAGGCCAGUUUGUUGACGGAUUGUGACAGCAACGUUUGGAAAUGGUUUUAUGAAGCGAUGUUGUUCCAGAUUGAUCCGACGGGCGAUGCUCACGGUGGGUAUCUCCUCUCGAGCGAUUUCACUGCUGACACAAGUAAAGGAUUUCAUUAUGUCAGACUUGGUGCGGUGACGUUGCCCCACAAGUCGCCCAGGGAACUCUUGCACGGUGCACAAGAAUCUCUGAAACUUCAUAUUAAUCUGCAUUAUGUUGUUCACCCCAAUAACACGGCACCGGCACGGUCUCUAGCCCAGAUAUUGGAAGAAGGUGCUUCACCUUCUUCCGUACCUGCAUUCGAUAUGUUGCGUUACGGUUACGCGAGACGGACACUGCAUAUUAUGACCGCCUUGGAGAAACAGGGAAUGCUGAAGGACUACGCGUGCGCAAUACCAGAAGUGAAAUUGGUUCCUCUGGCGGAUAUAGUAUUCUUUUCACGGUAUAUGGUUGAGGAAAGCUCGCCAGAUGAGGUGAGGUCAUGUCCUUCGUCAAGCAGAAGUGGACGCGGAAGCGAUGUGCUUCCGAGGGAGGCGCAAAAAAUGAUAACGGCUGCUGGACUCUUACCCCCAGCAGCCGUGCAGUUGAUGCGGCACAACACCGUUAACCCUAGUGGCUUCCCACUACCGCCAAGUAAUGAGCAUCCUUCCAUGUGGUCCCUUAACCUUCUAAUCGGGAAUAUGUUGAUGCACGUAGCGACGUGUGCGAGACCCAUGUUGAGCGAGAUGUAUGAAAUUGGGGAAAGGGCGUGUAAUAAAGGUUUGCGGCAAGCCGUUGAACGAAACGACUUAACUUACACUGACAAUGUAGUCAAAAAGCAUCAUAAUAAAGAGGUGUAUGACGGCUCUGUUGUUAGUGGUCGUGGUUGUGCGGAGGAACAGGAAACCCCCAAGGACAAAGACAAUUUCGAAGUUGCCGGCCCUAUUCUUCGAAGCACUGACGAGUACAUGCUGAGUACCGCUUUUGAAAGGACGGUACGGAAGGCUAACAUCGUGAUGCAAAAGCAGAAUCAGUCUCACCUCAUAAUAACCCCAAGGUCUUCUAUAAGAAGGAGCGGCCCAUGGAGUGCGUCCAGAUCUAGUCGCUCAGUAAUGGAAGAUAAGGAUCUGCAGUCUCCCUCUGCUCUGGGGUUGGGGUCCCUAGCAACGACCCUACGUGGUCGAUUCUCCCUAGCAUCUCCAAAAGUCCUCUUUAGUCAGCGUAGUGGUAACCUUUCCCCGGGAACACGAACAGUCGUUAGUGAGCGAACCACUAAGCGUAGAGCUCAGCGGGCUGUUCCACGAUUAAGCUGA